CUCCAUGACCCAGCUCCAUUUUCCCAGGCCCCAAGUCCUUGCCUACCCUAUCCCAGCUUCUCCCAGGGGCCUGGGUGCUGGGGAAGGAUCAGGUAGCCCAGUGGGUCUAUGCGUGUCCCCCUGGGGCCCUAGCCCGGCGCAGCUCGUGGACAGGGUCCUAGGGCUGGGGGCACUGGGGCUAACAAUUCAGGCAGUCUUUUCCACAACUGGCCUGGCCUCUCUGCUGCUGCUGCUCCUGGUCAGCUUCCUGGCCUUUGACCUGCUCCACCGGCCUGCCAGUCCCUCCCGGCCACAGCACACACAUCUCAUAAGGGGCCAGAGUCAGGGAGCUGGUGAGGGUCCGGGACAGCAGGAGGCUCUACUCCUGCCCACGGCGGCCAUCACAGGACGACUCAGCCUCCAGGCGGCUCUGCUGCUGCUGCUCCUGGGCCUGGGGCUACUUCUUGGAGCCAGAGGCAUGCCCUUGGCCCUGCUUGCCCUGGCUUUCUGCCUCCACCCUCGGACCUGA